GGCUUACCUCGACGGCCCCUAGAUCCCAUAGCGACAUGGGGGUUGUCUCAACAUCGUCACAUCCGACCGAACACAAGCAGUUUGCUGUCCAAUUCGAUCCUCGCUCGACUCUUGCAAUAUCUCGUCCCCAACGCAGUCGUUCUACAAUGGCAGUGACCAGUUUCGAUCAUAGAUCACAUCUUGUGGGGUAACCUCCCGCCUGUGCUGCCAAUAUCCCCGAAUCGGUGCGGUUUCCUCCAUUUGGACGUCGUUGUCCACCUCCGGCUACACCGCACCCAUGUUACCCCGUCUCGCCUGCGUUUGACCAUCGAGUUUACCCCGUGCUGCCUAGCGGUCAUAUACUACGAAGCGUUCCGAUCGCUAGCCGCAUUCGUCUCCGAACCCAGCCUGGCAUGGUAUACAACUCGGAUGAUCUACAGCACCAAGAUCGUGUUUUCCGGCUAAAAUCAGCCUGUCAAACCGUGAUGGACGGCCCUUCCCGCCGGGUUCUGGGCCCACAACGGACAGGUACAAAAGGGCGUCGCCAAAGUCGUUAGCAUCACAUUCAAGCCAGCACUCCUCAACUCUCUCUCCUUCGUCGCUAUCAACAUGGUUCAUCUGUUGUCCAACUUGCUGGUCGGCCUCGCCCUGGCUCCGUCCGCCCUGGGCGCCACUUUGCUGGUUUCCCAUUUCAGCGGACCUGUCUACACGCUCUCCUUGACCACCAGUGGCACCACCGGCAAACUUUCCAUCACCUCGCAGGCCGGUGGUUGUGGCACAACUCCUGCGUGGCUGGAAUAUUACAAUGACACCAAGACAGCCUACUGCUUCGACGAGUCUUGGACUGGAAGUGGUGUCAUCACGCAGUACAAUGUGGGAAGCGACGGACGCCUUACUCAGUCUGGCCAAACCCGGACUAGUGGGAACACGGUCCACGGCAAGGUGUACGGAGGGUCCGAUGGAAAGGGCUUCAUUGCCACGGCGCAGUACUCCCCAUCAACCAUCACCACGUACAAACUUCCCCUCGGACAAGGCCAGGUUCAGCUUGAGAAGUUCACCAUGUCGCAACGUGGGCCGAAUUCACGUCAGGAUGUGCCCCAUCCUCAUGAGACUCAGCUUGACCCCACCGGAAAGUUCAUGCUCGUUCCCGACCUCGGUGCCGACCUGAUCCGCAUCUUCAAGAUCGACGCCAGCACCGGCCGCUUGACCGCAUGCCCAGCUGGUCAGGCCUCGCCUGGCGACGGCCCGCGUCACGCACAGUGGUGGAAAUCCGCUGACGGCGUCCUCCGCCUGUACACCCUCAACGAGCUCGGCAAUUCCGUGUCCUCUUGGAAUGUGGUGUACCCCACCGACUCCAACGGUUGCCUCGCCCUCAGCAGAGCGCAGACCCUUUCCACCUAUGCUCCAGGCAAGAAGGGUGGUCCGACUACCAAGGCUGCCGAGAUUCGUGUUGCUGGCAAUUUUCUGUACGCUUCCAACCGCGCGGAUCAGACCUUUGGUUCCAACCAGGACUCAGUCGCCAUCUACACUAUUGAUCAUCAGACCGGUGGUAUCGCAUGGAAGGAAGCUGCCAACUCGUACUCUUACUAUCCUCGGACCUUUGACAUCAACAAGGACGGCACCUUGGUUGCAUUUGGUGGGCAAACGUCUUCUAAUGUGGCUAUCGUAUCGAGGGACCCUGCGACUGGCAAGCUUGGGAACUUGGUUGCUAACUUACAGGUUGGUAAUAAGGGCAGGGCUGGCGAGGAGGAUGGCCUUAGUGCUGUCGUUUGGGUAGAGUAGUUUAUUUAAAUAAAUCCCCCUUAGAGGCUUUCUAGUUUGGAUUUUUCUCCCCUC